AUGAACAAGGAGAACCGUGCACCUGAAGCCGCCUCGGCCAAGGGCUCCUCCUCGUCGACCCGCGCCCGCAAGCCCGCCGCGACCAAGCCCACCACGUCGAACAAGCGCACGACCACCGCCCGCCCCAAGAAGGCGUCCUCGGCGAGCGACGACGACGACGAGCUCAUGCUCGACGACAACAAGUCGGACAACGAGGGCGAGGGGGCCGACGAGACGACCCUCGUCGCCGAGACGCACUUCGAGGCGGCGCGCGAGACCGAGGAGCAGGCCGCUGUGCCCAAGGGCCGCGGCGGCAAGAAGGCGGCGACGGCGGCGUCGACCAAGAAGGCGCCGGUCAAGAAGGCGGUUCCGGCCGCAAAGAAGGGCAAGGCGACGGCCGCCGCCGCCGCUGUCGAGGAGGAGGACGAUGAGACGCUCGUUCGCGGUCUCGAGGAGAUGGACAUGCCGGGCGAGGAGCUGUCGCCGAGGGAGAAGAAGCUCGCCAAGCAGCUCGAGGCGACCAAGAAGGCGCUCGCCGACUCGCAAGCUGCCCAACAGAAGCUGCGCGACCUGCGCACGACGAGGCCCGAGGAGGCCGAGCUUCGCCUGCGCGAGAUUGCCGACGGGCGGCAGCAAGCUUCCGUCAACACGAUCGCGACCUACAAGACCGAGAACGACAGCCUGCGCGCCGAGCUCUCGUCGGUCCAGGAAACGGCAUUCGCGUCGCCGCGCAGCAAGGCCGCCCGCCUCGAGUCGCAGCGCGUCCACGAGCUCGAGCAGGAGAAUGCGGCUCUCGCUGCGCGCGUCGACGAGGUCGAGCGGCUGCGGGCCGAGGAGCAGGCGCGCGCCGAGAAGGACGCGGUCGAGCGGGAGAAGAAGUGGGAGAAGAAGUUGGCGCGCGAUGUCAAGGAGGCGACGCAGGCGAUGGAGAAGGAGCUCGUCGAGCUGAGGGCCGAGGUCUCGACCGCUCGCGCCGAACUCGCCGCCGAGGUCGAACACUCCAAGUCGCUCCAGCGCAAGCUCAAGGCCGUCCCGGUGUCCGCCUCGCUCUCGUCGUCGACCGCCGCCCCGACCGCCUCGUCCGGCCCCGGCUCGGCCCUCGCCAAGCUGCAGGAGGAGCACGACCGCCUCACGACGCACCUCAACCUCAACGAGGAUUUGACGGGCUUUGCCGUCCACUCGGUCAAGCAGGACGAGGACGGCGCGACGUACACCUGCGUCCUUACCGACUGCGCGGGCACGACCGGCUCGCUCAACUUCAAGCUCAUGUUCCACCUUGACGGCACGGUCGGGUACCAGCCCGACGUCAACCCCGAGCGCGACGCCGCCCUCGCCGCCCUCCUCCCAGCCGACAUGCAGAACUACAUGCGCUUUGCGGCCGAGAACUGCGCCGAGUUCUUCAAGCGCCUCUUUGCCGCCGUCAACAGGGUCAAGCUCUGA